AUGGCAAGGGGUUUCCUGGCCCGGACAGUUACCGUGGUUUCCCUCACUGUGACUUUAACUGCUGUUGCUGCUAAGUCUUCUUCCUGCACUUACUUCUACCCACUAUUUCAAGCAGCCAGGAAUCUAGCCUACAGGUAUUUGUCCCAAGGUCUAAUAUUACACUCCUGCUUUCUACAUAGAUCAGUGAGCAAGGGCUCCUAGAUGUGUGGGGAAUAAUGUCAGACUGAUAAUGCUGGUAGCCUAAUAGUUUUCACAGCCGACUUAAUUGUAUUGAUAUGGAAAAUUAAUAAAAUGCAUUUUAAUUUUAUACAUUUUAAAUGUAAGCAUAAGGAAUUCUGAGUUAUUCUAGCUAGCGCCUUUAAGCUCCUUGGCUAGAAUGUUGAAAGCUGGGAGCAAGUUUGCUUCUUGGUGGAACAACUGCGUAGUGGAAAUGGAGCCUGCAACAAAAAGUUGCAGUGUAUUCUCGCCUCCUAAAAGCAGUGCUCUUAUUCAGGUUUCCAGCCACCACACCUUCCUCCAAGAUACUCCAUUCUCUCUCUCCCUGUCCCCUAAUUGUCCUUUGCUGACUUUCUUUUCCAACUAACAUUCAGUGUUCCAUGGCUACUGAUCAUACUCCAUGAGCACCAUACUUGAUAUUUUAUUUUUACAAUGUGAUGAAACUACAGUUUGGUUGAUAGGUCAACAGCUUGUGUAAGGAAAUUUCCACCUUCAUAGAAUUAUAGAAUUACAGAGUUGAAAGGGACCGCAAGGUCAUCUAGUCCAACCCCCUUGCAAUGCAGGAAUUUGGGCCUUGAGCCUAUGACCCUGAGAUUAAGAAUCUCAUUUUCAACAGACUGGGCCAUCCUCCUGGGGGAGGAUGAACUUUCCCCACUUGCCCACAUUUUUAACAGUUGGUUAUUUAGCACUUAAAUCACACAAGAUGUGGAGUUUUCCUGGAUGGCUGUGAUAUUGAUGGUGUUUGUAUGCAAUUUACUAUGUAUGAAAUGUCCCAAUCCUGCAACGCACAGCAUUACAUCAAGUUUAUUUUCCCCUUUGUGUGCAACUCCUUCUAUUUUUCUACAGCCCAUCUUCAGAAAGUUGGUUUCACAGCAAGGCUGCUAAAAUGUCGAAUUGUAAAGAUGCAAGAGAAAAUUUGCAUAACAAAGCAAGGACCUCCCCAUAUCCAGGAUCAAACAUUGAGCGCAGCAGAGUUCCCAACGAUAAGGUGGAUUGGUCAACUGAAUGGGAGGAUUACAGCCCUGUGGAAUAUACAGCACAAUCUGUUUUGGCAGGACCUAAAUGGGCAGAUCCAGAAAUUGGGUGAGCAUUGUUGGUUGACUAAUGGGGUGCAGUAAAAGGGGAGGGCUUGUUUUUGAGAAUGACUUAGCUUUUGCUUGACUAAAAGUAAAUGGUGGGCAUAAUAUUUAUGAAUGUGACCAUAUAUUGCCUUCGUUCUUAGUUAUAAGAGACAAACUGUUGGAAGAGGUGUUCAGUUAUUAAGUUCUCCAGGGACGCUGCUGAAUAAUAAUAAUAAUAAUAAUAAUAAUAAUUUUUUAUUUAUACCCCGCCCUCCCUAGCCAAGGGCAGGCUCAGGGCAGCUAACAAGCAAUAAUACAGUUCCAGUUCAGGUUAUUUAUACCCCAAGACUUAAAUGGGACUUAAAUUUUGGACUAAGGGAGCCACAAAUGCUGCAGUUAGAAUAUGGAGUGCUUAAGCUCACCAUUGUGGAAAUAGCUUGCUGUACAGAUUUUGGCACUUAUAGGGUAAAUUUUGGAAUCUCGUUGACACGUAAAAAUUCAGCUCUGUUCAUUGCACUUCUAACUGUAGUUAUAUCAAGGGCAGCAAAUAUUUUAUGUAAGGUUUGCUAAUGCAUACAUGCUUUCUGACAGUGGCAGGGAGUCGUCUUCUUCCUUCUUUGGCGAUCACUCGUAGCCGAGUAAGAUUGUCUUCCAUGAACACGGUCUUAACAGUGAGUCCGUAAGUGACUGUGGAGGCCUAUUCUGGAUCCACACCUCCUUCCACAGUGGGGACAUAGGUUUCCGGGUGGGAGUUGAUCAUGGUGAGAGUUUGCCAAACGUGCCUUCCUCUUAGGACGUUUUUCCCUUUCGUCCUGAGUUCCAGUGUCUUCAAAGUCCAUGACACCUUUGGUGAGAGUGGCAGGGAAUAAUGAAGGCUCAAGGGGGAAGCCCUCCCUUCUGCUUGGUGAGUUGGCACUGCCACUUAAUCCUUCCAGCUGUUGACUAGCAGCUAAACUUAAAUAUAGCAGCAGCUUUGGAUAAGGUGCUUCCUUUAUCUUAUUUCGUCUGGUAAUAGCAAACGUAUUACUAGGCAUGAAUACAAUUCCAGAGGAAUUGUGCUGAGAUCCUACAAAUUAACCAAAGUGUUUAAUUUUGAUAUGGGGUGGUGGGAUUGGGGAAGCUACCAACAGUAGCCAAGUUAAGCACUUUAUAAAUUUGUAGGGCUUGUUCACAAUCAACAAAUGCAAAAGUAAAGGAUGCAUUCUUUAAUUUUAUCAUGCAUUUGAUAUUGUAUAUAUUUAUUGUGGCAUGCCCUUUUUCAGAGGUUCUGGAAGGUAGAAAACUCAUUUUUUAAAGAAGUUAAUAAAAAUCAUUGCAUGCUUGUGGGAGAAUUUAAACAGUUGCCGUGAGUCCACAUCCAGCACCAUCUAUACCACACUGGUAGCUUUAAACUACCACCUUUUAUUUAUUUUGUUUCAUAAAAUGUAUAGACCAUUUAGUUGUAAAAAACAAAAACCCUCAAAGCAGUUUUAAAACCUUAAGGAGAUUUACUAGCUUAAUUCCAGACCACCAAGUGACAAAUCGAAGCAUGAAGGUCUUACUUUACUAGAAGCAAAGUUAUAAAUCUAGUCCUCUUUUGGUUUACAUAAUGGAGGAGUUUAUCAUGCAUUGUCCUGCAUGUACUGAAGGCUUAUUUGCAGGCCAGGGUGACAACUGAGCCUAGCAACGUAACUUGGCUGUGUCACAGGGAAGAACUUUGCCAUUUUCAUAUAGCACAGCUACCUAGUGUCCCCAGAUUUUAGCAGCCACAAUGCUAAAAAUAAGCAUGAUUUGAAAAAAGCCAAAUAUUAGCAUUGUUUGUUUAGUGCAAAAUUGAUGUCAUUAUGACUUAUUCUUUUGAACCAUUAAAUAACUAGAAGUUUUACCGCUCGCUCUCUGACUGUGUGAGAAAAUCAAGAGACGGUCAGCGAUCAAGCAGCUGCCAAAUUGUUGCCAAACAAGCACUGGCCUUGGGCUACAAACUUCUUUAUGUAAGGGCUAGAGAAGGAGACAGCUUUUGUCUAAAAAAGAUAGGUCAGAUGUGCACAUGCUUGAAAGCAGAAUGCUUCUCCCACCUACACGAAACUCUAGGCUGUCCAUGCUAAGCUUAAAAUGCAGCCUUUUAACUAAGUUGUCUGUAACUGGCAUCUGUCAAGCAAUGAAAAAUGAAAGUCUGCCCUUCAUCAUUGCAUUAGGUAGGUCCUGGCUAGACAAAGAUGGCAUGUGCCCUGCAACCAUCCCAAAAAGAGCGCCCCAACACAAGUCCAAUUCCCUACAUACCUGCACACCACAAACUUUUCCUAACAGUUGGCACACAAACUCAUGCCAAGCACAUGGAUAUCACAGAGAAGCACAAAUGAAAUGAGCAAGCCAAAGAGCACACACAGUAAUGCGAAAGCAGACUGAAGAAUCUGAUAGACAGUUUGAGGAUAGGGCAAAAGGAUUACAGUAAAGGACAUCUUACCAGAUAGGAUUGGGCUGCCGAGUUGUGAUCCUGAAUACAGCUAACAUUAGAAAUAAGUUCCAUAGAAACUGGGAUGUUGGUAAUGCAAAUUGAAGGGUUUUUAAAUUGUUUAUUUCAGUUUUGUUAUUAUUUUCUUGAAAAGGGUGAAAAACUUUUCUCCAAAGUUCAAUGAGAAGGAUGGGCAAGUGGAGAGGAGGAGCCAGAAUGGUUUCUAUCACGUGGAAAAUGGGAGGCCCAGGUAUUUGACAUUCUGUGUUGGUGCUUGUGCAUGCAUCAAAAGUCUGUGAGUGAAGGUCUUGAUCUGAUCACAUACCUUAGUGAAAAUAAUCUAAGAGGUCAACACUGAUUCACUGGUUCAGAAUCCUGGUUGCCUGUCUGCUAAAAUGUGUGUCCAAUACAUAUUUGCAAGUUUCCAAGCUAAAACUCUUCUGAAGCUAUUUUCUGAAGCCUUGAUUGCCAUUAGGACCAUGGGUUUAAAAGACAAUUAAAAGAGCAUAACUUCAACCAGUAUUGCUAUUAUGUGAAAGGCAAAGUAAUGGUUGUUAUGUGGCCCAAGUGUAAAGAAUGAAGCAGGAAGAAAAGGUUUAUCUCAUGCUGUUUCAUAGCUCCAUGAGUUGUUCUUGAUAAUGUUUUUCUUAACUGUGUAUUUAAUGUAAACUCCUUGAUAGUGCAUUAGGCAUGUAAACCAGAUUAUACAUUCUUAUUCCUCAGAAAAUUAUAUUCAGGACUUUAGCAUUUAAAAAGAAAACACUGAAACUAUUACAUGCUUUUAAAAUGCAUUCUAAAAAAUGAGAAUAUAAGAAAAACAUCUCUAACAAAAUCUUGAAUACCCUGUAAGCCAUUUGUUCCCGAUCAUCCGCCCCUCCGCCUAUUGUAGCAAUCGUAAUGCAGUGUGCUAGAUGCUGUAUUUAAUUGCUUUUAUUUCUUACAUAGUAUUUUAUAAUAAUACUAUUUUCAUCCCUUACAUUGUAAUACAACAAAAAGAUAUGAAAAAUAAGAUGAACGAUUAAAAUGCAAUUAAAAAUCAAUAUGAAUACUUAAUGUAGACAUGCCGCGGACCACCUGAAUGAAACUCACAGACCACUGGUGGUCUACAGACCACAGUUAGGGAACCCCUGCUAUAACACUGUCAUAACACUGUUUCGUUAAAUAUUUUUAAAAAUACAUAUGCUUCAAAGACCUAUUUUGGGUGCACCAAAGAGGCUAGACAUGCCCAGUAGGGUUUUGGUCUUUGAACAGCAGAUCCAUCCCGCUCCCAAUUCUGUAUCACAGACUGCAUUUGAAAGGCUUCCAUGUUUCAAAAGUAGUGUGCUAAGUGGCAUUUGGUUAAGAGGGGGCGUUGCUGUUCAAGAAAGAUGAGCUGCAGUCUUCUUUGGCCAUGUGGAACUUCAGUUGUGUGGGCCUUUGGAUCGUAUCCAGGCAUUCAUUUGUGCUCUGUUGUUUUUCAGGAAUCCUGUAGGCAGGACAGGAUUAGUGGGCCGAGGUCUCUUGGGGCGUUGGGGACCAAAUCAUGCUGCAGAUCCUCUUGUAACUAAGUAAGUAAUAUCAUUCCAGAUGAUGUCAAAUGGGAAUAUUUUACGUUCAAGUCAAUAUGUGAAAUAUUAAAAAUGCUGAUCAUGAUAUUGCUUCUAAUUCUACUUUAAGAUGACUUUAAAAACUAUAUGGAAGCAAUUGCUAUGUUGCCUGAGCCCCCACAAUGCAUCCUUGCUGAGCAGACCCAAGGUUUUCACAUUCAUUUCAGUUCCAAUGUUCUGGGUGGGUUCAGACAGAAUACCAAACUGUGGAACUGUAUGAAUGAGCCCAGAGCUCACACACUCUCUCCUUCUUCUCUUCAUUUCCUCUGUUUACCUCCCUCACUUCCAGUUCAGCAGCAAGCCUUACAUUUGCAACUGCAACAAAAUCCGGCGAAACAUGGUUCAGAAGUAGCAGCAAAUUGUGUCUUGCAGCUAAAUUGCAAGCAAGAGAAUCUGAGCAUGUGGUGUGAGUGGGAAGUAAGCAGGCAUUGGGCUCAUAGCUAUGGUUUGAUGUUACAUCUGAAGUGCCGUUUCCCUGCAUGUCUUGAGCUGAACCACAGAUUAAUCUUUUUUCCCCUGUUACUCUUUGCAGGUGGAAGAGAGACGGCAGUGGCAAUAAAGUAGCUCACCCAGCGUCUGGCAAAAGUAUCUUGCAGUUCAUCGCAAUCAAAAGGAAGGACUGCGGGGAAUGGGCCAUUCCAGGGGUGAGAAGAGAGAAUUGACAGAAUCGGUUUUCAAAAAUGUGCUGGUCUCCAAAAGACUCAGUGUGUGUGUCACAGCUCCCUUUCUUGCUAAGCAUUUGAAGGAUUACUAAAAGGAUUACUAAAAUCUUCACCUGGAGAGGGAAACCUUUUUCAUCCUGAGGGCCACAUUUCCUUCUGAGGGCUGCACACUAGCUCCUGUACCUCGGGUUACAGAUGCUUCAGGUUACAGAUGCUUCAGAUUACAGACUCAGCUAACCCAGAAAUAGUACCUCGGGUUAAGAACUUUGCUUUAGGAUGAGAACAGAAAUCAUGCUCCGGCGGCACGGCAGCAGCAGCAGGCCCCAUUAGCUAAAGUGGUACCUCAGGUUAAGAACAGUUUCAGGUUAAGAACAGACCUCCAGAACGAAUUAUGUUCUUAACCUGAGGUACCCCUGAUCCCCUCUGUAUUGAUUCCUGCAUUGCAGGGGGUUGGACUAGAUGACCCUUGAGUCCCUUCCAACUCUAUGAUUCUGUGAUUCCUUCAUCCAGAUGAGCAAGAGGUACUGUCACAGUUCAAGGGCACAUUCCAGCCAGGCAAAAACAUGGGUUUAAAGCAGAGCCAGUGAGGGCUGUGGCUUGCAGAGAGUGGCGGCAGUCUGGGGAAAGUUCUGAGUGCCAGAUAGAGAGAUUUGAACAGCUGCAUUACCCCCCCACCCCCCGCCUGAGGUUCCUCACCCCUGAGCUACACCCAGAAAAACUAACAACACUCAGCAGCUGGCUAUUCAUUGUUAACGUGGCAUAUUAGGCCGUGAGUAAGGGCAUAACUGACAUAUCAAGAGAUCUGUCAUCAGAUAUCUCCAUUGUUUUUCAUUUUUUAAACUAUCAUCUGCCGUUGUCAUAUUUCAUAUCAUCCCUGCCUUACCCCUUGAUAUGGUUUUUAUAAUGAUAAUCGCCCUCCCCUACAAAGGCAGGAUUAGCCUCAAAGGGAAAGCAUCCAGGCUCUGAAGGAAGUUGUAACAAGUGACAACCUUUUAUUUUAGGGCAUGGUAGACCCAGGAGAAAAAUUGUCGGCUGCACUAAAGAGAGAAUUUAGCGAGGAGGCCUUGAACUCCUUACAGAAAACUGAGGCUGAGAAGGAAGAGAUGGAGAAACAACUGAACAGGCUGUUCAGUCAAGAUUACUUUGUGGUGAGUGCCCUCUCUGCUCCUGUUAUAAUUUUGCAAGCCCAUUAAAUAUUACAUGCGAAGGUCGAUGGAACUCUUUUCAAUUACAUUUCAAAGAGUAGCAGCUUCUUAUUAAGCAGCUUUUGGUAGCAGGAAGUAUAACAACCUUUAAUGGACUGAUUAAAAUAAUCUGUACAACAUUCUCUCCACCCCGUUUUUAGUACAUUUUAAAGAAAAGUGCUUUUAAAAACCGCCAGUGGCAAGCAUACAUUAAAUGGCAUUUCCCUUGUUCCAAGACGAUAUCUGGUGUGACUUAAGCAUGCACCAUUCAAAAACAAAUAUUUUUUUCUUUGAAUUUCCCAUCUCAGAUGCACAUUUUUUGCAGAUUUAUUUAGUUGACAAACUCACGUGAUUAUCUGCCUAAGACUUCUUUAAUUGGGCAAGAGCCCAAAUAGUAAACAGGACAGUUGUCAGCCUGUAUCUUGGCUUUCCAGGUAUACAAAGGGUAUGUGGAUGAUCCUCGUAACACAGACAAUGCUUGGAUGGAGACAGAAGCCGUAAACUACCAUGAUGAAACUGGUGAGUAAGGGAUGCUGCCUUCCUUGUGGCCCCACCCAUUGUCAUGUUGUUGGAACAAGGGUGGGGAACCAGGGGCCUUCAGACGUUCUGCACUACAAUUCUCAGCACGAGCCAGCAUGGCCAGUGGACAGGGAUGAUGGGAACUAUAGUCUAACAACUGGAGGACCACAAGUUCCUCAUCUCUGUUAGAAGAUGGGAAGGAUAAUAAUUAUUUUUCCAGUUGCUAACCAUUCCCCCCCCCCACAUUCUUGACUAUAGGAAGUUGGAGGAGGACAGAAAAAUUUUUUUAAGUAAUACUUGAAUGCCUAAUUGUUGGCACACUUACUUGUGCAUUGUUAUGCUAGAUUGUUAUUUUUUUUAAAGUUCAACACUAAAAACCAAAAAAAGUUUCCUGAUGACUAAGUGGCACAUGGGUACCAUUGCACAAAAAAUGUCAUCUUGUUAUCAUUUGUUGCUUUAAGUUUCAAGCAGACUCCUAUGUUUCUGCAUACCAAACCAGUCCAUUGGUUCAUCUAGCUCAGUAUUGCAGUGGCUAUUCAGAUAGGGAUCUUUCCCAGCUGUAACUGAAGAUGUUAGUGAUGGAACCUGGGGCCUCCUGCAUGCAAAAUAUUCACUCUGCCACUGAGCUAUCACCCUUCCUUUGUGUUCAAGCCUGAUUCCUUGGGACAAGGUGGGCUGUCAAAUCUACAGAAAGUAUGAGAACUUCUGUCACAAGAGUAUUCGGUGAAAAGAACUGUUUACUUAUGUCCUUUGCCAUGGAAGCUGUCAUGGGGUAGAAGUCCUGGUGGAGGAUUUAGUGGGUUGUGCUGUAGGUUAAAAGGAUUCAAACUAAUGCCAGAAUCUCUCUUUGUAUAACAGGUGAAGCAAUGGAGAAUUUACACUUGGAAGCAGGAGAUGAUGCUGGGAAAGUGAAAUGGGUUGACAUUGGAGAAAAGCUGAAACUCUAUGCCAGUCAUGCUGACUUUGUCAAGCUCGUAGCAGAGAAAAGAGGAGCACACUGGAGGGAGGAUCAUAACCUGGUUUGCCAUGAUGGGGCUGAGAUCAAGGCCUAA